AUGGAAUCCAAGACCGUAUAUACCAGCGACAAAGCGAUCGAUCCCAGCGAUCAAAACAACACCACCGACCAAGAUGUUGGCACGGUCGAGACCAACAACCUAGCCCGAAAGCUCAGCUGGCGUCAGAUGCAGUUGAUGGUCAUCGGCGGCUCUAUCGGGACUGCUCUCUUCGUGACAAUUGGAGCUGGUCUCAUGGCUGCCGGUCCUGGAAGUUUGCUGAUCGGCUUCCUCAUCUACGGUUCUUUCACAGCCGCUUGCAAUAACUGUAUGGCAGAGAUGUCUGUCUACAUGCCGGUCUCUGGGGGCUGGAUCCGUAUGGCGAGUCACUGGGCCGACGAUGCUCUUGGAUUCACUCUGGGUUGGAAUUUCUUCCUCUAUGAAGCACUUCUCAUACCAUUUGAGAUUAGUGCACUAAACCUGGUGUUGACCUUCUGGAGCGACCACAUUCCGGCUGCUGCUAUCUGUGUUGGAUGCAUUGUUCUCUAUGGUCUUAUCAACGUGUUUGCCGUUCGAAAGUACGGCGAAAGCGAAUUCUGGUUGGCCAUCGGAAAGGUCAUCUUGAUUGGACUUUGUUUCGGCUUCACAUUUGUCACCAUGGUCGGUGGUAAUCCUCAGCAUGAUGCAUAUGGUUUCCGAUACUGGAACAAUCCGGGUUCCUUUGCCGAAUAUCUCCACUCCGGUUCUCUGGGGAGAUUUGAAGGCUUGCUUGCAGGUCUGUGGCGGGCUGCCUUCACCAUCGUUGGCCCCGAAUACGUUGCCAUGUUAGCCGCAGAGACCAAAUACCCUCGCAAGUCUCUCAAAAAAGCCUACAAGACCAUUUAUUGGCGAUUUGGCGUCUUCUUUAUUGGGGGCGCUCUCGCCGUUGGCAUCGUCGUCCCAUACAAUGACCCUACGCUGGUAGCCGUCAACACUGGAGCUGCCAGCGGUGCAGGGACCGGAGGCGCCAGUCCCUAUGUCAUCGCGAUGCAAAAUAUGGGCAUUACAGUCCUGCCUUCCGUUACAAACGCCUUACUACUGACCAGCAUCUUCUCCGCGGGCAACUCUUACGUCUACUGCGCCUCCCGAACUCUCUAUUCCCUUUCCCUAGAUGGCCAUGCACCAAGGUUCCUUCGAAAAUGUACCAAGUCUGGUGUGCCGAUCUGGUGUUUUGUUGUCACGAUGGCUUUCCCUUUUCUCUCGCUCUUGAUCUUGGGCAGCAAUGCCUCACAGGUAGUUCUAUGGCUCGCUAAUCUCGUCACUGGUGCGCAAAUUAUCGAUUUCAUCGGCAUGGCGCUAGUUUAUCUCUUCUUCUACCGUGCCAUGAAGGCGCAGGGUUUUGAUCGAGACCGGCUUCCGUAUAAGGGCUGGUUCCAGCCCUUCUGCGCCUGGUAUGGUCUGAUCAGCAUGACUUUCGUGGUCUUCUGCUAUGGUUAUGCCAUCUUCCUACCUGGUGCAUUCGAUGUCGGUGAUUUUUUCAUCUAUUAUUGCAUGAUCAUCGUCUGUGUAGUCCUGUAUAUCAGCUGGAAACUCUUCAAGCGCACUAAGGUUAUACCGGCUCGUGAGGUCGACCUUGUCUGGGAAGCUCCUACCAUCGACGCGUAUGAAGCCAGCCUCGUUGAUCAGGAUAUUGGCUUGUGGACGGAACUCAGGAAGAUGUUGAGAUUGAGGAAAAAGGAGGAAAGAUUCGACGUUUACUAA